AUGCCAACGGUAGAAGAGACAAAUGCAUUCGCGGCACCUGGCAUUGAGAAGUCUGAUGCAGAAGAAAAUCAUAAUGACAGGGAGGACCUCACCCACAUAUUCCCCAUCAGUCUGCAGACCAGUGGUUCAGCAAGUGAAGAUGAACGGCCCAGCCCCGGAGAUGUCGACCAUCUAAGCGACCGGAAUUUUUCCUUUGCAAGUAAAUCUUCGGCGAUCACAACGGGACUCAAUCGAAAUCUUCAACGAAUUCGAGCAUUACUGCAAACUUCGGUCGGACAGGACUCCGUGCUAGCCAGCGUAGAAUAUCUCGCACAUGCCUUACACUACUUUAUCCUAUCUCGAUACUGGGUUAGGCUCCGCCAAACUGUUACAUACCUCCUGUGCCAUCGAAAAGGCCGCGACCUACAAAUGAUCGCCAGUCGCCCUACACAAAGCUUUGUACAAAAAUCUCAAGCUCUUCUCAAGCUCUCUUCACUCUUUAGUGAUGCUCGCUUUACACUGAGAUCAUUGGGAAUUUUUUCUAUUUGGGCAAAUAUACCCGAAAUCUUUCGACCCCCAGUGAAGGAUCGUGUUAUUCUCAGUAUCGAUAUCAUGCAAGUUUUUACCAUCACAGCUUACCAUUUUCUGGAAAAUAUCGGUCAUCUCGCGUCUAAUCGUGUUCUGUCACAACGGAUUGUUGGACCAAAGAAGAAUAUACCAAAAUUCUAUAUCUGGAGUGCACGAGCAUUGUGUCUUCAUUUUGUACUUGAGCUAGUGAAGUUGACCAAAGAGGCCUGUUAUAAUGGAAAUUCUGCUCAGAAUGAAAUUCUUGCUAGUGAGGACAAUACAAAACCGGAGGAUGACGAUGACGACGCAGACAGCCUACAAUGGGAGAAACGGUUAUGGUCAACUUCGAUCUGGGGAGUACUAUGUCUAUAUUGGAGCUCUGGGAAGACGAUUCCGAUUGUGGAGGAGAGUUCUGGUGGUCUCAGCUUUUUAGCCGAUUUUUUCACCCUACGAGAUGCUUGGGCACAUACCGAAAAAUAA